UUUUUGGCAAAAGGCAGACUAAAAAUUUCAACAAGGUAUUUUCUUACAUUACAAUACCAUUCCAAACGAACACAACAGAGGAUCAAAUAUGACUAGAGCCAAAGAAAGGGAAUCAACCAACGCUGAAGGAAGUGCAUCAUCCACUCAAAGGCUUGAUCCAGCUCUCUUUGCUGCUUCGUUCUCCAAGCCAGCAUUUGCAGACUCAACCUCUACGUCUACCAAUGAUGAAGAAGGACAAACAAAAGAACAAGCUCGUCAAAAAGCAAAAAGGAAAGGCGGAAUAGUGAAGGAUAAAGACGGACAAUCGAUCAGAAGGCUAAACGAUGGACGUACAACAGUUCGAGUACUAGAAAAGAGAAAAUUCGAUGAUCCCUCAAUUGAAAGAAUUGAAGAUAUUGUCAGGAGACCAGAAGCUGUGGAUUCAUCACAAAGUUUGCCCACUGCCAAAGCGAGAAAGUUCAAAAAAGACAGACUAGGCUUGAAUGGCACUCAAGAUUCCCUACCGUCUACUUCACGUGCACUGAAACCCAAGUCUGACGAUCAAAAAGGCAAAUCCAAAAAGAAAAAAUCAGCUGAAGAUCCUCUUGGACUAGAAGAUCCAGCAUUCGAGAAGGGUGGAGAGAUGGCACACCUUGGCUUGUCUGCAAUCGGAAAGAAAUCAGCGGGAAAGGACAACAAUGCAUCAAAAAAGAGAAAGACAAUGUCCACUCUAAGAAGGGGUGAUGCCGGAAGAGGAGGGCCUGCGCCAUCCAAGAAUGGCAUUGCUGCCAAAUUCGUUCGAUCGAGUUGAUUGUAGGUGUAUAAUGUAUAUUUACGUGAGCAUACUUAAUUUUACAGAUCUGCAUCC